AUGGAGACUUCACCCUUGGCGGCGAUGCACCGCCCUAUGGCCGUCCCUUCGUGGGGCAACAAGGAUCUCUUCCGUCCUCGUCCUCACUACACCGGCGGAAGCAGCCUGCGCGAACAGAUUCACCGGUCCAACGACUACUUCAGCAUUAAGGAUGUGCACGGCUCGUCUCCGGCUGCCAGCCUGGCUGCCGACCUCUCCCAGAACUUCCGUCUGGAUUGUGAAGCGAGUCCCAAGUUCCCCACGCCUCGUCGUGCCCUGUUCACUUCCAACAUGAUGGGUGACGGAGAGACCCGCGAAUAUGUCCUCACGACUCCUCCUCUGCCCGAGUCUUCGCCCGCUCCUCUCAACGAGAUGAUGGAUGUCUCGCCUCUUCCGCACAAGAUGCCGUUCAUGGCCCAGAUCGAGAUAACGUCACCGACGCCGGGAUCGACUCCUACCGGAGAGGACGACGAGAUGAUGUUGGAUUCGCCGGCCCCCAUUCCUCGGCAGGCGUCGUUGGAGCCACCCAAGCCACUGGGAGUUGAACGAAGAAAGCCGGGCCUGCGCCGUCCCUCCUUGACUCGAACCAAAGGAUAUUCCACUAGUGGCGUCCCCGGUCGAUCCAACACAGACAACCAGCUACCCACUUUCCGAUUUGGUGAGAACCGAUUGACACAUAUGAGCAGUGCUCUGUCCCUCGACGAAUGUUUCGAGACCACUUCUCCGCCUCAAGAACGUCGACCUCAGACAGCCAACAGCCCUACUCCCGCCGUGCCUGGUGCCAUUCGUUCUCGUCCUCAGUUCUCCAGCCUCUCCGGUAACCGCAGCAGUCCCUUUGGCAGCCAGCACAACCGCCGGCCCAACAAUCCCUUCAUGCGUCCCCGCAAGCAGUUCCGCCGCUCUCUGAGCAUGUUCGAACACCCCGGCGAUGUCGUCAAGUCCAAGUCAGAGGGCGGUGACUCGUCUCCCACGACUCCCGAAUCCCACCACGGCAUGGACGACGAGAUCCAAGAGCCUCUCCUGCCUCACUUCCUGGCCGACGACCCCACCGACACCAUCCCCCGGAUCACGAGAGAAACCAUGGUUGACCUCUUGGACGGAAAGUACAGUGACAAGUUCGACCAGAAGAUGGUCAUUGACUGCCGAUUCGAGUACGAGUAUGAGGGUGGCCACAUCGAUGGCGCCGUCAACUACAACAGCAAGGACCUCCUCGCCUCCCAACUGUUCCAGCAUCCCAUGCAGGGACGAACCAUUCUCAUCUUCCACUGCGAGUACUCAGCCCACCGCGCCCCGAUGAUGGCUCGCCACGUUCGCUCCGAGGACCGAACCGUGAACGCCGAGCACUACCCGCAUCUUACCUACCCUGACGUGUAUAUUCUCGAAGGAGGCUACAGCGCCUUCUUCAACGAGCACCGCUGCCGGUGCUACCCCCAAAACUACGUUGAGAUGUCCGACGAAGCCCACCAGCGCACCUGCGAACGCGAACUCGGCCGCCUCAAGAACCCCCGCAAGGGCUUCGGCAGGGCUCAGACGUUUGCCUUUGGCGAGCGCGAACCUUGCGUGGACCAGUCGCCCACCGCGCCCUCGAGACCUAGCCUUCUCAGACCCAGCAUCAGCUUCCGACAAGAUCCCAGCACCAUGAUCGGCAACUCUCCGAUCCUGGGCGAACGCUGCCAUGCAAGACGCAUGGCCUCUUACUAG